AUGUUCCUUCUUCUCUUUAUCCCCGUCUUCUUGGUUGGGGUGUUCUUGCAGCGUGCGGUCAAAGUAGGAACUGUACCUAACUAUAUAUUGUCAUGGAUCCUAGACAUUUACCUCCGCUGGCGCCAUCCAGUUAAAUCACAGGACGGCCAUAGUUCAAUCCCUGGGUGCCCGUACGUCUUCCCCAAUGGACAAGGUAAUGUGGCCAAGUUUUAUCAUGGAGAGGUUAUGUCGGUGAAAUGGCGCUCCAGAUACGGGCCCAUCUAUCGCAUCUGGAAUGGCACGAGCCCCGAGAUCAUCGUCGGCUGUCCCGAAGAGAUCAAGACCAUUUUCCAUGACUCUGGUGACCAUCUCAAGGCUGUGGAUAUGAAUUCCGGAUGGGUUACAGGCGAGUUGAUGGGCAAAUGCCUAGGUUUGGCAAACCAAGGUGACUGGUCGCGAAUCCGGGUCGCUUUUGCGGAGCCUUUCCAUCAGAAGACGGCACCAGCAUAUAUCAGUCUGAUGCAGGAUCGGGUACAAAGGCAGAUGGAGACAAUCGAGCUGGCGAAGCUCAAGAACACCAGCACCAUGAUUCUAGACCCAGCAGAGGAGCUCUUGUAUCUCCCGUUCUAUGUUCUAGGUGACAUCUUGUAUGGCGGGAUGGAUGAGGCGAUGGAGCAGCAGCUGAGGGACAUCGCAGCGUGCCGUGACGAACUCUGGAAGGGUGCCAUGACUGGUGGUCUGGCUCGCUUUUCGAUUGGGCGUUUCAUCCCCGGUAGCAAAAUGCGCCGAGGUGUAGACAUUUUCCACCAGCAGUGGAAAGAAUUCAACGAUAAGGCUCUCACGCGAGCCAAGUCUAUCAACAUGGCCGAUGCUCCCAUUGUGUCUAUGUACAGUGCCCUGGAGCGCGGCCAGCUGACAGAGGCGGAGCUCUUACACACCCUCGACGAAAUCAUGUUCGUCAAUUUGGACGUCACAGUGGGCAACUUCUCGUGGAACCCAGUAUUCCUUGCGGCCAACCCGGAUAUCCAGCAAGAAAUCCGGGAUGAGAUCCGUCAAGCGCGCUCGGGCCACUUCGACUCUUGGAAGGCUUAUAUUUCUAGCAAUUCCUCCCUUCUAAUGGCCUCAAUUCUCGAAUCUGCUCGUCUCAAGCCGAUGGCCUCCUUCGCUGUUCCGCAGUCGCUCCCGACCAACCGUACGGUGGGAGGCUUCGUCAUCCCCGCUCAUACCGAAGUUGUGGUUGACACAUGCGCACUCAACAUCGAAGAUGCCAGCUGGGGCCCAGAUAGGCAUGAGUAUUGUCCCAAAAGGUUUUUGGGGAAAAGUCCCAUGGGCUGGCGGUACCGAUUCUGGCGUUUUGGAUUCGGUCCUCGUCAGUGCCUAGGUAGACAUGUAGUGGAUAUUCUUUUGAAGACACUUUUGUCCUAUAUUGUCGAGAAUUACCAGCUGACGCCUGCUUGGUCUGAAGGGAAUGAGGGGCAUGAGACUUGGCAGAAGAGACCCGAUAUAUGGAUGAAUCUGGCUCAGCAGCCUAUCAUUUGGAAGAAGCUAAACGCAUAG